AUGAAUAAUAUGCAGGGCAGCGGUUGUGCGUCUCCUGUUAAAGAGCUGCAGAAGGUUUUGUACGGCGGGAAAAGAUUUGGGUACCAUCUGGAUGAAGUGUGGCCUAACCUCUUCAUUGGGGACAUGUCAGCUGCCAGUGAUCGCUACAGUCUCUGGAAGCUGGGAAUUACUCAUGUUGUGAACGCAGCUCACGGGAGGAUGCACUGUCAGGGGAGUCGUGACUUCUACGGGCCCUCUGUGGAUUAUUACGGAGUCCCUGCAGACGACUCGCCGACCUUUGAUCUUUCCGGUUAUUUCGUCCCGGCUGCAGACUAUAUUCGGAACGCACUCGACGCAGGCGGUGCUCGAGUUUUGGUUCACUGCGCAGUCGGAGUGAGCAGGUCGGCCUCUCUCGUCCUGGCCUACCUGAUGAUCCACCACCGCUUCACCCUCGUAGAGGCGAUCGGGAAGGUCAAAGAGCACAGGUGGAUUUUCCCAAACAGCGGUUUCCUCAGACAGCUUUGUGCUUUGGACGUGAAACUGCACAAGACUUCAGCUACGCGUUGGAAGUGGUGGGGCAGAGACAAGAGAAAAGAAUAUCUGACUGUGAAGGACCUGCAGAAAGUUUUGGACUCUUGUAAGCUACACCUCAAUCAAAUUGAUGAAGUGUGGCCAAAUGUAUACAUAGGAAAUGUGGCAGUAGCCCAAAACAAGGCUGCCCUGCUGAAAUUAGGUAUAACUCAUGUGUUAAACGCUGCUCACUCCAAGCGAGGCAGCAUGGGGAACCGAAGCUUUUAUGGCAACGACUUUGUGUAUUUUGGCAUUCCAGCCGAUGACUCAACUCACUUUGAUCUGGAUGUUUACUUCCAGCCUGCAGCCGAUUUUAUUCAUAAAGCGCUGAAGUCACCUGGUGGGAAGGUACUAGUGCACUGCAUCAUGGGAAUGAGCCGCUCGUCGACCUUGGUACUGGCCUACCUCAUGAUCUACCACCGCCUUCCGCUCAAACAGGCGUUGCAGAAACUAAUCCAGAAGAGGGCCAUUUACCCCAAUAGAAAUUUCCUGGCUUUGCUGCUGGAUCUGGAUCUUCAGCUGACAAAGAAAAAGAAAUCGUGCCAGAUCCUGUGA